AUGCCUGGUACCAGCCUCGACGUGAUUCUCAGCCAGGUGAGCAACACGCAUAUAAAAGCUGAAGUCAAAAACACCGGCAACGAAGAUCUUACCAUCGUGCAUCUGAAUUUCUUCGGAGACACUGCUCCCAUUAAAAAGGUCUCCGUGUUCCACAAUGAAACCGAGCUCGAUUUCAACGGCAUCAGACAGCGUCUAGUCCUGGAAAACCUCACCCAUGACGCCCUCACCACGAUCCACGCCGGCGAAUCCCUCAUCGACGAAUUCGACAUUGCCUCGACUCUCGACAUCACCGACAGCGGCCCCAUCACCAUCCACACCUCCGGUUUCGUGCCCAUUACCACCGACUCCGAAAUCACCUCCUACCUCCCCUACACCUCCAACACACUCACCAUCACCAUCGACGCCGCCAAAGCCGCCACUGUCCCUAAAGCCCUCACUAUCCCUCCAUCCCUCCACCGUCGAACCAGACUCAGCGACUGCGACGACAACCGGGCCGCCAUCAUGCGUGCCGCUCUCGACAACGCCAUGCGAAUGUCCGUCGCCGCGGCCAACGAGGCCUGGAUGGGCUCCGCCGCCCGAUUGGAAGAAUACUUCAAAUCCUCCUCCCAGGAAACUCGCAGUCUGGUUGCCAAUCGACUAGCUUACAUCGCAGCGGAAGCCUCCCUCAAUGCCGAGAGAACCACCUACUACUGUACUGACAAAUUCCGGGCCUGUGGUCCUCGAACUCUGGCGUAUACAUUUCCCCAGUGGAAUGUAGUAGUGAAUUGUCCCAUUUAUUGGUCGAUAUUGCAGCCGGUGCAAAAGGCGUGCCAUGCCCAGGACCAGGCAAAUACUAUCAUUCAUGAGUUUUCCCAUGCUCCCGGGGUUUAUGCCCCUGGGACGGAUGAUCUGGGGUAUGGGUAUCAGGCUGCGAUGAGGUUGACGGGCAAUCAAGCAUUGAGAAAUGCGGAUACGUAUACUUUGUUUACCAAUUCGGUGUUUGCGGGUUGUUGA